CUGCGGUCUUUAGCAUCCUGCGCCCGUCUCCCUGAAGGACCGACGAUGAAAGAAAAUGACGGGUACAGAGUAAACCAGAAUAUUUGGGGAAAUAUAUAUCACCUUUAUUGAAACAUUGUUUAGGCAAUUAACAAACUGUUAGAUAUAUGCAUCAGGUUCAAUCACCCACAGUUUUGUAUGACUUGUAUGACAAAUGCAGUUAUGACUUGCGGCACAACACUACACUCUAGUGGUUACUCAAAGUACUGCAUCCCACAAACGUCCCCAUUGGAGUUGAACUCACACUGUACUCGAUUCACACAGUGAUUGAAGUUUCAUUGCUCUGAGCUCCCAACAUACAAAUAAGAACAUUGUACCUCAGCAUACAAACAGUUCGCCACGUCCAUUAACAGUUAGACACGAAUUAUGAGCGCAUUCUCACACGUCUAUAGGCCCUUUUCAUAAAGACCUAACGUGCAGUUUUUAUACAUUUACAUUAGGAUAUUUAUAAAUCGUCUCCAUGGAACAUGAUCUUAACUUAAUAUCCUAAUGAUUUUUCGCAGAAAAGAAAAAUCGUAAAUUUUCAUCCAUACCUUUUAUUUUUGGCGAUUACUAAAAAUGUUCUGUUACUUAAGACUGGUUUUGUUGUCCAGGGUCACUUGUUAGUCACUGAGAUGGUCUCUGUUUGAUCAAAAUGUGUGCCAUGAAUGACUGUUUUAAUGAAUGAAUGAAUGAGGUACUCCACAAAAAGGGGGAGGAGAUCAAAAGAAAGUCUGGGUUUAUUAAGGAAAACCUUCUCCCCCGCGCGUUAGGUUAACAGAGUAUGUUUUUAACUGAUGAAGUGAAGUGAAUGCCAUUUUAACUGUUAAAAGACAAAGGCCCUGUCCCAAAUGGUGCACUUCGUGUGGACGUGUGGUCUCGUGGCCUUAAAUUGCACGUUAUCACUUAGUGCACAAGUCCAUAGCAUGUUCAUUUUUACGCCCUGAAGUGUGCUCAUCAGCGCCCCUUUUGCACACUUGAUGGGGUCUUUGGCGAAGCCCGCACUGCUGCAGGCUUCACACACUUUACCAACCCAGAAGUCCCCAAUCACAGAACCGAUAGAAGCAGUGUCGUGGAUGUCAGAGUAAAGAUGAAGGAUACAUUUUUUAAUGAAUGUUUUGAUCAAAUUCAAAAUUAAUAAGUUUCUUAUUCACAUUAUUGCUUAUCUAUUUUCUAUAAUGCCAGCUGUUCAAGAAUAAAUCCUUUAAUCAAGGUAAUAAGCCAUGUUUUGGUGUAGAUUUAUAUCUAGAUGUCCCUGGGCUCCGUAAAGCUGAAUAACACAGCUUCUCUAUCUUAAAGAAAUAUGUGCCUAGUGCCUAUAGGUCUGCACUUCCUGACGUCACAAAGUAUAGACUCAGAGGAUGUCCACAAGACCAGAGUGCACCAUUUGGGAUAGAUGCCAAAGUUUAUGAAUACAUGUGCACUGAGAGGAGGACCGACCAUUCACAACAGCCUGAGAAGCAGAAGCUCGCUGGUAUGGUAUGGGUGGGACAUCUUCACACACACUCACGGGUGGGACAUCUUCACACACACACAAACACACACAGGUGGGGCAUCUUCACACACACACAAACACACACAGGUGGGGCAUCUUCACACACACACAAACACACACACAAGUGGGACAUCUUCACACACACACACACACAGGUGGGACAUCUUCACACACGUGUGUGUGUUGAAUGUAACCGUAUGGUCUAUUGACAUCUAGCGGUUGAACUUGGUUUCACUGUCUAAACUCAAUUAAACGGAGAGAUAAGUUUUGCCAACUAAUGGUUCUUCCCUGUUUCUCUUGCUUAUCAGAAAUAAUCUACAGGCACUCUAUUGUUUGUCAAUGUGUACUGGAAGUUAAGGGCAGUCCACGGUAACAUUUCUUGUUCUUGUCACUUUGAAACCAUUUAUGUCUAUGUGAGUUCGGUACAGCAGCCAUCUCAGCGUUAUCGUAAUUUCUAUUGGUAACGCGAUACGUUUGGGUUCACGUUAAAAGGUGCAUCAGGUCCUCUGGUUGUUCCUCUGCGAGGUUCAGUUCUUCUGCCCUGUUCUGUUGAUUCACUCUCAUCACUGAAGGAUCUGGAGGUGGAAUGGAGAAGAUCAGACACACAGACUCUUAUUUCUCUGUAUCAAGAUGGAGAUAUGGAGAGCUUUGAUGAUCGAGCUCAUUUCUUCACUGAUAACUUUAGACAUGGAAAUUUUUCUCUGCUGUUGAAGCAUGUGACACCUCAAGAUAUGGGAAGAUACACAUGUACAGUUCACAGUGGACACGAGUCUCAUGAAACUGUGCUGGAAAUAUCAUUGAAACGUGUUCGUUUGUCUGGUUUAGACAUAAUGGUGUUGAUUUUGUGUAUUUCUGCAUGUGGAUCUGCUCUUCUCUUCUGUUCUCUCAUCUACUGCAGAUCAAACAACACAGUUCUUCAUCUUCAGCUGUUACUGGUCUUCUGUCCAAAUAUCUUCAUGUUUUUUGCUUUUUUCUUCUUUGGUGUUUCUGAAGGAUCUGUGUAUGAGGCGGUCUGCUGUUGUGCUCUUUAUGUUGUCAGACCUGUCAUGUUGCUCUGGACUGCUCCAUAUGUUCAACAGUUCACAGGCAUUAUGAAAACGUGGAUCCUGGUUUACAGUUAUGACACAGAAUAUAUUGUGUUCUCAUCUGUUCUGUAUUCAGUACUUUUUCACCUUGCCUGGGGGAAAAGUCUAAAUUAUGCUGGAUUUGAAGCCCUUAUAAUAAAAGUCCUCUUUGUAUUAGCACUUCUGUUCUACCUCUUCUACAGUAUUUACGUGUUUGGCAAAAUCUCUGGGAAAUUAAGUGAACUGGUGAUUAAAGUAUUUAAUGUUCUGGCUAAUAUAUUCUUGGAUGUGCUGCCGUCAUUACAAUUAGUCCUCAUGUUCUACUCUUUUGGAUCAGACAGAGGAGGUCUCUUCAUUGUAGCAGUUUUACCUGUGAUACUAACUGCGACAAGAUGGAAUUGGGAUGUUACAUGUGGGCGGAAUGUAGGCUGUUCACCUUUGGUCAUGAGAUCAGUUUGGUUUGUAAUGAUGUUGUUGGUGACUACAGUAAUGAUGUUUUUCUACACCAUGGCACUGGAAAAGGAAAAAGAUCGUGUUGGAUGGGCCUGUAUGAUGGGGUUUGUUCAAGUAUUAUGGACAAUUUGGAACUUUUCCUUGGCAUUUGAAGAUACAGAUUUUCCCCGUGUCAUCACAGUGUAUGUGUUUGGAUCAGUUGGUGUUGUUUUAAUCAGCGCUGUUGGACUGAUGACAGAACUGAUACUGAAAACCGUUAAUGGUGAAGGUCUGAUGGGUGAUCUGAGAAUCAUCACAUUUUCCUGUGAAACUCUCUUUAUCUCAUCUGUGCUGAUUUUACUGGUGUUUGCACCAUGGAUCAAACCGUGUGUGGGGUCUUGCCAGAAAUCUGAUGAACAUUCUACCAAUGCACCAGAAACUCCAGCCACUGAUGAAUCCAAACAGAACAAAGAAUCUCUUGACGUGAAUCCUCUAUUGAAUAAACAAGAGACUGAUAGAAGUUAAGAAGAAACUCAACCUGAAUCUAUGGAAUCACAAAGAUGAGAGACGAUCAUCUACCAGGGGUGCGUUUCACAACAUCGACUUAAUACAAUCCAUCGUUGAGGAAAUGAACCGUUGUCACGGCUGCUUCCCGAAACCAUAGUAACUCUGUUGUUUCUAGUUGAUGACUUGAGGCAGGUGGUGGAGUGUAGUAAUAUCAUCUAGGAAUAAAAACGUACAGAUGGAAUUAAGUUCAAAUUGUUGCUGUAAUAAUGUACAUUGCAUGAAAAGAUUAAGUCCUCAAGGGCCAAAAUACUGCAUUAAUUCUUUUGACAAACCAAAAGACACAACAUGGGAUUUGUAUAUAUUUAGGAUGAUUAAUAUAGGAUGCACUGUAUGGUGAUUGUUUAUUUUGCUAAAAAGCAUGAUGUAAGUCUGCAUGUCAUUAUAAAAAUAUACUACACUUCUAACCACAGCUUGAGAGCAGCUUUGCGAUGCUGUUAGCGAAUGAAUCGGGAAACACUUGAACUGUUAGCGAACAAGUUGGUGAACGAUGCUUUUGGGAAACACACCGGAGAACUUUUCUGUUACACUGAGACUGUUUUUUAUAUAAUGUAAAUGUUUUUUUUUGUUUUUGCAAAUUGAAAAUGAGUGUAAUUAUGUGUAAGAUUUGUAUAUUUCUGUUUGUAAUACAUUUGCUUUUUAUUGUUAUACAUUAUAGAAUGAUUUCUGAGAUCAAGUUCAGCUGUUACUUCCACAGUAUUUGAAGAGUUCAGAUGCAAAACCCUCUAAAAUCCUCCUUUGUCAAAAUUUGUUUAUGAUGUUGAGUGAUAGGGGGGCACGGUGGCUUAGUGGUUAGCACGUUCGCCUCACACCUCCAGGGUUGGGGGUUCGAUUCCCGCUUCCGACUUGUGUGUGUGGAGUUUGCAUGUUCUCCCCGUGCCUCGGGGGUUUCCUCCGGGUACUCCAGUUUCCUCCCCUGGUCCAAAGACAUGUAUGGUAGGUUGAUUGGCAUCUCUGGAAAAAUUGUCCGUAGGGUGUGAGUGUGUGAAUGAGUGAGUGUGUGUGCCCUGCGAUGGGUUGGCACUCCAUCCAGGGUGUAUCCUGCCUUGAUGCCCGAUGACUCCUGAGAUAGGCGCAGGCUCCCCGUGACCCGAGGUAGUUCGGAUAAGCGGUAGAAAAUGGAAUGGAAUGUUGAGUGUUACUCCACACAAAGUGUAUGUUUCUCAAACAAUUUUAAA